ACAAAAUUUUGAAAUCCAAUACUCGGAUCAGAAUGGAAGAACAUCUUUCGAGAGCAUGAUUCUAUCUCAAGAAAACAAUAACCACGCUUCCAAUACAUCCUCUUCGUUACAGGAGAUGAAGGAAGCACCAGUUGAAGAAAGUCAAAUUAUAACCAAUAUCAGUUUUCUACCUUCUAAUAAGAAACAGGAAGAUACAAGUAUGAUUGUGCUGCAAAAUUAUACCACUUCAAAUAUCAGUAAUAUACCUAGCAUAGCUCGGGAUUUACAACAAAAUGAAGAAGCGGUCGUUGUAUCAAAAGAGUAUUUUAAUAAUUUCAAUUAUCUUAGUUCAAACUUGAGCAAAGGAAGGGAAGAAACCAUCACUUCAGAAAAUGAAAAUGAUUGCUUUUCUCCUUCGAAUUUCAUUACACUUCCCGAUGAAGAAAAGGAAGAAUUGUUGGAAGAAGCUGCUUUCUUGUCGCCGUCACCAUUUGGUCAGUCACUAGGUUGUGGUAGUUCACAAGCAGAAAAUUCUGAAACCCAAUAUUUUAAUCAGAAUGACAGAAUAUCUCUUGGCAGUAUGGACAUUGAAUGGAGCGAUAUAUUUUCGAAUUCAAUUCCAAGCUUUGAAGAACAAGAAAAACAUGACGUUAUCACGCCUAUGGAAACUUUUCCAGAAAAUGAAUCUCAGAUCUCAAUACCAGAAGAAAGAACACUUGAGGUGCGGAUGAACAUAGAAAAUUUUUAUUUGGAUCUGGAAAGUUUACCGGGCUAUGAUAUGCUUGACACUUUGCUCAUCGAUCCUGAUUGAUUCGAUUGACACAAUUUGCAUCUGCAUUCAUGGAGAACAUCUGCCAAGUUUUUCUGUAUGUGAGACAUUGCCCAUUUCAGUAAAGCUUGUUUUCCUGUGUAUACUUCGUGCCUUGUAAAAAUUGUGUAUAUUGUAAUAAGAUUCAUAAAAUAAAUACAUUGUUGGUAUUUUGAAGCAAUAUAUUUUAACUUUCGUAAACUUUUAAAAGUAUGUGAGAUCUUCAUAAUUCGACAACUGUCCUGUCUGACAUUAGCAGAGCCUGACUACUAAAUAGGAUAACUUGGCCUUGGGCUCUUGCAUUUUAGGGACCCCAAAAUUGUUUUAGCCAAUGCGUAAUAUUGUAAGGUUUGACAACAGGAGGGACAUGAAAAACUGUUUGGGCCUAGGGCCUCCCAAUAUCUGAAUCGGGGUCUGUAUCCAAAAAAAGCACUGACUUUUACUGUGCUCGCUGAAAUUUUGGGCAUCUCACGACUUUGACUAAAAACUACUUUUUUUCCCCUCAAAUAAAUGAGACAAAUUUCAUGUUCCUGAAAAAUGAAUUAUUAUUGUUAGGCAUUCACCACUCGAAUGGUUGUCUAAACUUGUCACUGCGUAUAACAGUUCUGUAAUAUGAAAGUCCUGUCAAAAUGUGAUUGCAAAGUACAAGAAACUUGGGUUAUACCCAAAUCGGAAUGUUGCGAAUUUCUGUAAAACUGUCAAUAAAUAGCAAAUGUUUUUAGAAAGA